AUGGUGCUCCAUGUAUGGCCUCCGCUUCACAACGCACAGCAGCAGCAGCAGCAGCAGCGGCAGCGACAGCAGCAGCAGCAGCAGCAGCAGCAGCAGCAGCCAGCAACGGCGGCAAGAGUGCCUCGAGAGGGCAGCGUGCUGGGAAUGCUUUUGUCUUCUCGGCCUCCUAGCACGCCUGCACCUGAUUCUGUGUUGGUUUUAACUCCUCUAUCUAUCGAGGCAUGGUGCUCCAUGUAUGGCCUCCGCUUCACAACGCACUAUCGAGGCAUGGUGCUCCAUGUAUGGCCUCCGCUUCACAACGCACAGCAGCAGCAGCAGCAGCAGCAGCAACAGCAGCAGCAGCAGCAGCAGCAGCCAACAACGGCGGCAAGAGUGCCUCGAGAGGGCAGCGUGCUGGGAAUGCUUUUGCCUUCUCGGCCUCCUAGCAGUAUGUUCAUCCUUGCUGCUGCUGCUGCUGCUGCUGCACGUGCUGCUGCUGCUGCUGCUGCUGCAGCAUAUGUGAUGGGGGAGCAGCUGGCAGAUGCAGGUUUGUUUAAGGUGUACGUACACCUCGAAUACCCUCUCUCCCUCCCGCUGCUGCGGAUGCAGCAGCACGGACUGCCGCUGCUGCUGCAGCCGCUGCAGCAGCAACUUGAGAGGGGGGCCAUAUGCUUGGAGCUGUUGCAGGAGGCAGCAGCUCAGCUGCUGGGGCGGCCUUUUGUUAUCUCUGAUUGGGCUGCACUGAGGGCCGUGCUGCUGCAGGUCCCCGAGGUGCUGCAGCUGCUGCUAGCAGACGACAGCAGCAGCAGCAGCAGCAGCAGCAGCAGCAGCAGCAGCAGCAGCAGUGGUGGUGGUGGUGAUGGUGGUGGUGGUGGUGCGUUGCUGCUGCAUUCUGCGCGUGAUCCCCUCCGCCCCCAGGAUGUACCGCUGCUGCUGCGGCGGCUGCGGUUUGAGCAUCCCCUGCCUUGGGUGCUGCACUCAUACACGACGCUGCAGCCGCUGCAGCAGGCGCUUGCUGCUGUUGCAGCAGCAGCAGAAUCUCCUGCUGCUGCUGCUGCUGCUGCAGCACCUACAGCAGCACUUUUUGGUGAUGCUGCGGGGGUCAUCACUGCAGCAGCUGCUGCUGCUUGCUGCUGCUACCACCACCCCUUGUGCGCAGCCUCGGACCACCCCGAACAGCAGCAGCAACAGCAGCAGCAGCAGCAGCAGAAGCAGCAGCAGCAGCAGCAGCAGCAGCGUUUUCUAUCACCACGGCUGCGAAUGGUUCGCGCUGAAGCAGCAGCAGCAGGAUGGAAGCCUCGGACCACCCCGAACAGCAGCAGCAACAUGCUGCUGCUGCUGCUGAGGCGGCUGAGACGCAGCAAACUCUGCGUAGUGGUAUAG